AUGCACCGCCGGGGCCUCGCGCGGCCGUCCUCCGCCCCCGGUCGCAUCUUGCACCGCGGGGCUGCCGCGAGGGGGCGGACGUCCGGCGUGAGCGGCCGCCGCGGGGCUCCCGGCGCGCCGCAGCGCGGACGGCCGCUCGGCGCCGGCGGCGGCCUCGUCGCCGGCGACGGCCGCGCGGCGCCGGCGCGGCGGCGCGCGCUCCGGGCCGCGCGGACGCUCUCGGCGGCGUCGGCGUUCUCCGUCGUCUCGAGCAGCCUCUACCUCUGGAGCGUGCUCCUGCCGGGCCUCCAGGAGAGCCUCGGCUGCACGCGCGCGAGCCUCUCGGGCGUCUUCUCGCUGGCGACGUGCUGCUUCACCGCCGGGACGUCGCUCGGCGCGCGGCUCUUCGGCCGCACGAGCGUCCCGGCGGCGGUCCUCGCGACGUCCUUCGCGUCCGCGCUGGGCCUCGUCGCCGCGUCCCGGGCGUCGUCGCUCCCGGCGCUGGCUCUCGCGUACGCGGGCGUCUUCGGGACGGCCUCGGGCGUCGCGUUCGCGCUCAACGCCAAGUUCGCGACGUCGCCGGUCUUCGCGGGCUUCGCGGGCCUCGCGACGUCCGUCAUCAUCUCGUUCCGCGCGCUCGGCGCGCCGAUCCUGUCGCCGGCGACGCGGACCGCGCUCGCCGCGGGCGGCGCGUCCGAGGCGCUCUGGCAGCUCGCGGCGACGAUCGUCGUCUUCUCCCUGCCCGUCGCCGCGCUCAUGGCGCGCACGACCUGGGACGAGCUCCUCGGCGGCGCCGAGGACCCCCCGCCGGCGGACGCGGCCGCGCGGGCGCGGGCGCCCGCGGACGAGAGGGCGAGCCUGGGCAUCCUCUGGCUCUGCCUCAUGCUCGGGAGCUUCCCGGGGCUGCUCGCGCACGGCCACGCCGGGGCCAUGGUCGCGACGCGCGGCGCGCCCGCGGCCGUCGGCGUCGGCGCCAUGGCCGCGGGCAGCCUCGCGGGCCGGCUCGCGGCGGGCGUCUUCUGCGACGCGACGUCGCCGCGGCGGGCGCUCAUCGCGACGCCGCUCCUGGCGGCGGGCGCGCUCGGCGCGUCGCUCCUCGUCGGCGGCGUCGCGCCGCUCGUCGUGUCGCUCGGGGGCAUGGGCCUGGCGUUCGGCGUCAACGCCGUCGCGAUCCCGCUGGAGACGUCGACGCUCUUCGGGCCGCGCGGCUUCUCCAAGGCCUUCGGCAUCAUCUUCACGGGCUGGGGCUUCGCGGGGCUCACGGCGCCGGUCCUCGCGGGCGUCCUGUUCGACCGCACGGGCGGCUACGCGGCGUCCGUCGCCGCGUGCGCGGCGUCCCUCGUCCUCGCGGCCGUCGCCGCGGCCGCGCUGCCCCGCCGCCGCGCCGCCGAGUGA